ACCGCAUAUAGUCUCCUUUUGUGUUAGCUGGUAGAAGUGAACCUAAAAUCUUGAAGAAUAUUACAAUGAAUGUAAGAUCAGCUACACAUGCUGGUUCAUGGUAUACCAACAGCCCCACUAAACUAAGAGCCCAGUUGGAUUCAUUUUUCGAAAAGGCAAAGAGAAAUGAAAAGACGAUACAUGGACCAAUAGCAAAUGACAGCAUUCCUGGAGCUCGGAUUCUUAUUGGCCCUCAUGCCGGGUAUGCAUAUUCCGGUGAGCGAUUAGCAGAAACAUUUACUGCAUGGGAUACAUCCAAAGUGAAGCGGGUGUUUUUAUUGGGUCCUUCCCACCACGUCUAUUUCAGAAAUUACGCCUUGGUGUCAUCUUUUGACAGUUAUGCAACGCCAUUUGGAGAGAUUCCCGUGGAUAAAGAAACCAUAUCCAAGCUUCUCAGGAAGGAAUCCAAGUUUGACAGUCGCGAUGCCGUGUUUAAGUUGAUGUCUGAAGAAGUUGACGAGGAUGAACAUUCAUUCGAGAUGCACGCCCCUUUUAUUCACUAUCGAGGCGAGAAAGCUCCAUUGGGGAUGCCCAAGAUCAUACCUAUUAUGAUUAGUGGCAUGGAUGAGAAGUUGAAUGAAGAUAUAGUCGAGUGUUUACUUCCAUAUAUGGACCACGAAGAAAACCAUUUCAUCAUUAGUUCCGACUUUUGUCAUUGGGGGUCACGAUUUUCAUAUACCAAGUACUUGAAUACAGAAGACACUAGUUUGAAAACCGUGGGCCAUGAUUUGUACCUGUUGGGGACAUUCAACAAACCCAAGGAGUUGGAAAUUUACAAGUCUAUUGAAUUGUUGGAUAGAAUGGCGCUUGAUAUUGCUACCAAGGGGUCAUCCAGGGAUUGGCAAGAGUAUAUAAAGAUCACAGGCAAUACCAUCUGUGGCCAAAAGCCGAUUUCAAUUGUGUUAAGGUUAGUUGAAGAGUAUCACAAGAAGGCGCCUCGUUCUUCUCCUGUGGAUGGAGUUUUCAAUUGGAUUGGGUAUUCCCAGAGUAAUCCUGUGAGAAGAAGUGGUGAGAGUAGUGUUUCUUAUGCUUCUGGUUACGUUCAGUUAUGAGUUUAUGAUAGGUUUAUUUAUGAUUUAGGAGAUACAAAAUGUUGAUAGCUUUAGGUUUAGUCUUCAGUUUUGUUUUAGUUUCAUACAUGUCGGUAUAAGGAUGUUGUCUUUGUAGUUGGUUAAAGCUUCUUUUUCACUAUGUGUAGUUUGUUGAUUUAAUUGCCGACAUUACGCGCUUUGCUU